UUAUAAAUAGUGACCAAAAACUAGUCUACCAUUUUUCUUUAUCGAAGGAACGAAAGAAGAAAUUCUCCCUAACUCGUUCCUUCUCAAUUCCUAAAUUAAGUCUCUCUCCUCCGUCCACGACGGUGCACCACCAUGGUUUUGUCCAAGGCCGCCUCGGAUAACGAUGUUUCCGUUCAUUCCACCUUCGCUUCUCGCUAUGUCCGAGUUUCUCUUCCCCGGUUUCAGAUGCCGGAGAAUUCAAUACCAAAGGAAGCAGCAUAUCAAAUAAUAAACGAUGAAUUAAUGUUGGAUGGAAACCCAAGGCUGAAUUUGGCGUCGUUUGUGACGACGUGGAUGGAACCAGAGUGCGAUAAGCUAAUCAUGGCUGCCAUUAACAAGAACUAUGUUGACAUGGAUGAAUACCCGGUCACCACUGAGCUUCAGGCAAGUUUUAAUACAUGAUCUCGAUGCAUUAAG